UAAAUAAAUGGAAUAAAGUAUGUUCAUGUGUUGAAGUUUAAUAUUGAAUAACCAUGAUGCAGCAUCCUCAAUAGCUAGGUCGUGUAUGCUAAAAGAUUCAGCUUGAUUUGACUCUCGCAUAAUCCUCACAGCCCACUUACCUACAUUAUCUCCUGUAAUAUAUAGAUAUAGUGUUGUCAAUUUCCGUUCGUGUGUCUCAUUGCUUUGUUCCAUAAUGCUGUUUUCUUUUCAUUUCAGUACCGGUCUCACCACUUUAUACAAUCAUUUAACUAUCUAUAACUUGAUCGUUUAUAUUGCUUUUAAUUUAUGAUGACCACAGGACGCUCACAAGGAAGAAAUGAAAGAAAGCGCGGGAGAAGAGCUUCACUAAGCCUUACGUGCCUCAUUUUUUUAAUAUAUUUCCACGGCACGAUAUCGGCUAAAAAUAAUGGACAUCGUCCGGUCAUCUUUCCUCGUCGUCACCAUAGAAGAGCUGCGGGUCCAAGUGAAUUUUUAACUCCACCACCUCCAGGUCCACAGUAUCAUCAUAAACCUCAAUUUCCAAAUGGCCCUAUUAAGCACGGAAAAAACUUGAAUCCUCCAUCUUCACCACCAACAGAAAAUCCAGGAUAUUUUUUCAGAUUGAUGAAAUGGUUGAAUCCUUUUGGAAGAGAUUUACCACCUCAACCAGCACUGCCGAUGCCUAAGAGUAAUUUUCAUAAUGCUCAAUCGGAAUAUUUACAACCUCCUCCUCCACCACCUCAAAAUACCUACAGGCCACCGCUUUCAGUUUCUCAAGCUACUCAAUACCAUCCAUCUAAUCAAAUACUUCCACAACCACCACUACCUCCACAAGGCCAAUCAUAUUCACCACCAAUAAAUAAAGGAAAAGAUUGUAAUCCAUGCAAUACUGCACCUUGGAUCCCAAUACAUCAAGAAACUGCACGUAAUCCAAUUUACGCGAAUCCUCCAGAAGCAUCAGGGUCAUAUGAUUUAGGACAGCAUGAAGGUAUCGAAGUUCAAACGUCGAAUUUCCAUCAAGGUCCUCCAGCUCAAGAAGUGAAACCUCCAGACUUUGGUUAUGGAGUACCGACAAAUUUAGAUCACAAAGUAUUGAUUCCUUCACAAAAUCUCAAUGUACCACAAGCACAAUUUGAUUCACCUUUCACAGGACCUAUUCCCAAUCCUCAUAUGUAUCCUGGUGCUAUACCGCCACUCUAUAAAGCUGCGGACUUUCAUCCUGAAGAAAAUGAACAACAAGCUUUACAUUCCGAAAUUUCAUCGCAAUUAAUUCAAACUCCGACUCAACAAGAAAAUUCUUUUACCAAUCCUUCGGACGAAUCACUGAAUCAUCAUUUCUUCCCUGAAUCAGAACUUCCGCACUCAUCUGAAGGCUAUGUUGAUGCACUUCCAUCUAAUACAGAAAUUAGUCCCGAUUCAGAUCAACUUCCUACCUUGGGAGAAUUUCAUGACAAUAGAGGAUCUAGUUCGAAUUCUCAUCAAGUACUUUACCCCACUCUUGAACAUGGAAUCUUACCAGAGACUUUAAAUCCAACAAUUGAUACUCUUCCGAUAAAUUCACAACCUUUUGAUACAAGAUUAAAUGAAGAAAAUUCCUAUUCAUAUGAAACACCAAAUAAACAACAUAUUAUUCAUGUUGAACAGUCUCCUGUAAUAGAUCUGUCUCACAGUAACUCUGAUGAAUCAACGUUCACUAACGCAGAUGCUCCAGUGAUCCUUCAAAAUUCAGAUGGAACCUUUGGAAUCAAUGCCACUUUUCCCAACAGAAAUUCUACUCGUAUUGUGUGGCCUGAGGACCAAAAGAACGAAACAUCAUUUGCACAAUUGAGGCCAAAAUAUGCUCAAGGCAGUAGUAUUAAGUUAAACAAAAAUAGUAAUCGAGGUGAUUAUAAUAAUGAUGAUGAUAAUGAUGAUGAUGAUAUUCAAGCAUAUGAGGACAAUUCUGAUCCUUUGUUAGGCCAAGGAACAAGUGAAUCUCGGAAUAUAUCAUCAAUUCUUAUUCAAGUAUUCCAAAACACCAACAAUCAGACAAGACAUCAACAAGAAUUAGUAUUAAAAAACAUAUCCACAACAAUAAAUAACACAGAACAAGGCAUUCUAAAUGAUCUGAUGAAAUCCUAUGACAAGUUUGAAAGAAAUAUUAUUGCAUUGAAGCGACCAGAAAAUUCAUUUGACUUAAAAAAUAAUAAUUCAGAAUCGGAAUUUGGCAUGUCUCCAAGAAAAGAAAAUACUGACACUUUCAAAGGACUAGAUAGAAAUUCAAAGUCUGCGAGUCAACAACAAGGAAUUAAAAAAAAUAAGCAGGUACAAAUUAUAAUACCCUAUACAUCACAGUAUACACCUGGACCUUUCCAUCUUUCUGUUAAUCAAUGGAAUAACACUGAGUUGGACAAAAAUCAAGAUCACAAAAUAUCAACAAAUGAAUCAAAUUACAAUAAAACUAAUCAAGGAGAAAUAAGAAAAGAUAAAAAACUAACGAAAAAAGAUCAAGAUGACUUCUUCUAUGAUAUAAAAGCUUUGAACAACCUUUCAAGAGGUGAUAUAUUGAAGACUAAAGCUCUAUCAUUACCAAAUGAUUCCAUUAUUGAGAGAAAACUACAAAAAAAUAUUGAUAAUUGGACUAUUCAGGAAUAUUCCAGAGGAACGACAGCAAGUAUCGCUACACCGAGUGUUUCUCAUCCACAUCUAACACAAUCUAAACAGAUACCAGAGACAUAUUUAACCACUACUGAACCUGUUUCCACUGUAACUAUUAUUCAGGAUCCAAAGAGCACCCUCGGAAAUACAUUAAAUGGUUUCAAUUUUAACGAUUUGGAUCAUGAAGUGUCGUCAAGUAAUCAAGUUGAUGUAUCACAUCCACAGGUAUUAUUAUCACGCGCAAGUUCCCAGAGAUCAUCUGCAGAAUUAGAUUCAAUAUCACCAACAGCUGAUAUGAAUGGUGCGAGUGGUGAAGACAGUUCUUGGGAACAACUUCCGGUCUCAAUUUCACCAUUAAGUAAUGAGCGUGUGUAUGUUGUUACGCCACAGACAACAUUAAAACCUACAAGUUUUAAUAGUAAUUUAACUGAUGAAAGAACCAAGGUAGAGAAUGAGAGCAGCAAUAAUAAUUCGACAGCACAAUUUGAGUCAAUUGAAAGAGCAUAUCAAGUAUUGCCUCAGGCAGUAAAUAAUCUUGCUGUUGCGUCGACUGGACCAGCUGAGGUUCCAUUAUGGGGCAUUAUGGAACACGAUGAAUAUGCUUCGUCGUUUAAUACGUCGAAUAAAAAAUUAGAAAAGCCGAUUCUUUAUACAGGUCAUUCUAAGGUUUCACGAACGAAUCAACAUUAAUGUUUGUAGUUUAAAUUAAGUGUAAAAUAUUAGUGUACGUGUUUUCAAGAGACUGUUAAGAUUAAAUUUACAUGUGAACAUUGACUUCAAGAUGUAAUGGAAACGUUGAACAUUUGAAUGUAUUAGAAAUAUUUAUAGUUUUAAGGAUUCAAGCUCAAUAAGAUAGCUGCAACUAAACAUGAUCAUAAAGAUCAAGAUAACUGAACAACUUAAUGCUAAAUAGUUUUCAUAGAUUAUUUUAAUAAUUAUUUAUUACAAAUUCUCAAUCAUGGCCAGUAUGACAUUGAGUCUACAUAUGUACUUUUAUACGUAUAUUAAGUAUUAAGUCAAUAAAUUAUAUUGUGUCCAUGUA